AUGAGUAACCUAACCUUGAUAUGGACAGCCAUUCUCGUCGCUCUCACAAAUCUCGCCUUGAACUCUUCUACGACCUCAUCGCAACCUACGAGCUCGAGAUCUCCCGAGCAAUGCUUGAGUCAUUCAUCGGACCUGAGUUAUUGCCUAUUGCAACUUGUAUCCGACAUUUUCCCCGAGGAGUAUAGGUUCUUCUUUCCCUCGCGCAAGGAGGACCCCAAGCGUCUGAUCCCGGUCCUCGAGCAAGCCUUUGAGCAGUUCUGGGAGAAUUUUGCUCCUUGGGAACAGCAGCAGGUCUGCUGCAUUCAGAUCUUGCUUGAGAACCACAUUCGGGCAGUUGUUGAUGUCGAGAGCUUAUAUUUCUCCUGGGUUCGCGUUGCAAGUAUCGUGCCAGAGUUCAUCCUAUACCGCGGACUAAACGAUCUACGACGACUAGAAAUCACGCCCAGUCCAUGA